CCUAUAAUAUUAUUUUACCCGAAUGAAAGUUGAUUCAAAAUUUUAUAUUUUCUACGCGUACGUAAUUUUCAAAGAUGUGUUAAAUAACAUUAACCUGGCAACAAUGGUCAAAGCCGUAGCUAGUUUUGAUGUCAAAGAAUACGUCGCUUGCAGAAAAUGGCAAGUGUUUAUGACUUGCAUGUUUGUUUUUUGUUUAUUACACUGUCCACGAAGAUGAACAAUCGUUGAAAUUGCAAUUUAUAUAUUUGUUCAUCAUGUUAUAUAAUAUAUAUAUAUAUAUGAUUCCCAUAAGGCCACAAACUUGUCUUUUAAGCGGUCCUCACGUUCAACUAAACAAAAUAAUAAUGAAAAAUAUAUAUAUAUAUAUAUAUUUAACAAUCCAAUCACCCCCUUAUAAUAAUCAUCAUCAACAUUAUUCGAGUAGUAGCCACAAUUCACUUCCAUCCAUACAGUAUUGUGAUUCGUUUGUUUGGGUCAAUAUAAUCGCCAUCUCGUCUCGUCGGAGAAGAAUGUCCCUGUUGGAUAAUCUGUUAGGUAUCCUCCGCGUUCGCGUCAAACGUGGUGUCAACCUCGCCGUACGUGAUGUUUCUAGCAGCGAUCCUUACGUCGUCCUCAAGCUAGGUCGCCAGAAACUCAAAACCAAAGUGGUGAAGAAAAACGUAAACCCACAAUGGGAAGAAGAUUUGUCAUUCACAGUCACUGACCCGAAUCUCCCGCUUACUCUGAUUGUGUACGAUCACGACUUCUUCAGCAAAGAUGACAAAAUGGGAGACGCAGAGAUCGAUUUGAAACCGUACAUUGAAGCCUUGCGAAUGGAGCUCUCCGGUUUACCAGACGGAACCAUCAUAUCGACGAUCGGUCCGAGCCGCGGCAACUGCUUAGCCGAAGAAAGCUACAUCCGUUGGAUCAACGAUCGAAUCGUUCAGAACAUUUGUCUCCGACUCCGUAACGUCGAGCGUGGUGAAGUCGAGAUUGAGCUCCAAUGGAUUGAUCUUCCCGGUUCUAAAGGCUUGUAAACAAUUUUUGAAAGUUACCUUAUUGGGCUUUUUACCCCUUUAGUGGGCUAAGCCCAUAUGACAUUCACAAAUAAACAUUAAUUAAAAAAAAUUAACGUAUGAUAUUUAAUUAUA